AGUAGCUUCUUUAUACCAGUCACCCAUCUGAGUUAGAUACAAACAUGAUACUUCUUUUUCAUUUUAAGUGUGUGUUGGGAUUUAUGUGUGUAUAUACAGGUAUUGAAUGUUAUCCACUUAAAACAACCGAAACGUUUCGCAUUGGUUGAUUUUUUUACUGCACAGACUUCGUGUAAAAAAAAUACUUUCAUUUGCAAUAUUAAUAUUGUACGUUAACGCUUACAGGAACCCGGUCAUACACAGGGGAACUUGUUAUUAUAUUUCCGUAUCACAGGUACUUUGUAGUAUAUUAAAGAGUACCUAUGGUUCUUUUAUGUAGUGCAUGAGUCGACAAUGACCGAUCGAGCGUUAAGUGAAUUUGUAUUAUUUCGAACAGGUAUUUCACUCCAACAGGAGAUACUGUUAUCUCCUUCACCAGUUGCGGAAGUCAUUGAAGGACGCAACCUUACGUUGACUUGCUCGUACUCCGGUUCACAUAAUGUUUCGAGAGUUGUAUGGUCUAACAACAUGAUCACACCAUGUACUGUAUUGACGACUGAUUGUUCGUCGUGUCGUCCGAACUCGUCUAUGUACGAAGCAGAAUGCAUGGGCAACGACUUUUUAAUCAACAUCUUAGCGGUAAAUCGCUCGAUGAAUGGUGAUGUUUGGAAAUGCGAUAUGAGAAUUGGUUUAGACUUCUUACCGAGUAAGAAAACAACUGUGAAAGUUUUGGUCGGAAUAAAUGCUGCAGCCCUCUGGCCAGAAACAGAAAUUGUCAUAAUAGAAAAUACACUUGGAUAUCUACACUGCCUAACUUCAUUCGGGAAACCCACUGCCAGAAUAUCAUGGUUCCAAACAAAUGCCACCGGUGAUGUGAAUAUAACAUCCCUUUCUACAAGUGAGAUGAUUUCAUUGGACGGAUUGUCUGCUGUCAACAGUACGCUUCUUCUACAGUCUUUGCGAGAAAUGGGCACUUUCGAGGUUUACUGCAGUGCGGAGAAUAUAGGUCAACACUUCAAAUCGUUAAAGACAACCGUCGAAGUACUUUAUGGACCAGAUACGCCGGCGUGUACUCACAAAGGUUCAAUAAUUACCGGAUGUAUCAUCGUCACGCAAGGAGAUAAUUUAACGAUUGAAUGCACCAGCAAUAGCAAUCCAGCAUCCGUUUACAAUUGGACCUUGCCAGAUUCCAGCACUAGAUACGGUGGCAAGUUGAAAAUAAUAAACAUACAACCGUCAUUGAGUGGUCAAUACAGGCUCAAGGUUUGGAAUAUAAUGUCUCCAACAAAUUCCCAUACACAGCAGGGGAAUAAUAGCACAAUAUUAACAGUAGAUGUACAAGACAAAGUUCCAUCCACAUCAACACAAACUGACCAAUCAUUACAGACAGGCGUCCUUAUAGGAAGUGUUAUCGGCGCAUGCGUAGUAGGCAUCCUUGCGGGCGUGAUAGCAACGCUGGGCAUUCAGUACAUGCGAUCGCUGUCAAGCCGGAAAGCUGAGUCGAACCAAUACGAAGAAACACAACGGCCACCGAACACAGCACAUAAGACCGACGUGUAUGACUCAAUUCAACAUUAUCAACAAACUGAUACUGAGCCGGGCAACAGUGGUAGAGGUGAGACGGAAACCAUGGAGCUUGAGACGGGCAACAGUGGUAGAGGUGAGACAGACACCAUGGAACUUGAGCCGGGCAACAGUGGUAGAGGUGAGACAGACACCAUGGAGCGGAGUGCGUCCGAUGUAUAUCAGAAUCAAAUCAUUCACAUCAAUGAGGCAUAUGAAAACUAAAUAAAAAAACUAAGAAUGUAAACACACAUAACAACUGAUACUAUAUGAUCGGCAAUACAGACGAAUUGAUUUUAUUGCAAGUAUAUGAAGACUUGAGACAAAAUGUUGUAUAUGAUUUACGUUAACAUUAUUUGGUUCAACACAUGUCACUCGGACUUGAUUCUCCGUGACUUAGUGGUUUGAUAGUUCGCCUUGAAAGUGGGCUGUGGUAGGUUUGAUUGCUUUUGUCUAAAGCACCCGAUUUGUAUGCUUUGAAAUGACAUUGCUUUAUAUUAUAAUGGCGAACCAAUUGAAAUAGUAAACAAAUUAUGUUAUUUAGGUGUGGUUUUUACAACAGGGUGUUCGCUUAGUACCGCACAAAGUACUUUGGCCGGACAGGCACAGAAAGCCAUUUUUACUAUGAAUAAAUACUUGUAUAAAUUUACUUAUAUACCGCCAAAACACAAGUUGGAACUUUUCGAUAAGCUUGUAUCGCCAAUUUUGAGUUAGUGUUGGGAAAUAUGUUGGUUGCGAAUGACUUAUCAAUUGAGACAUUACAUAUGAGAUUUUGCAAAAAACUGCUUGGUGUGAAGAAAACUACUCAGAACGAUUUUAUAUAUGGCGAAUUAGGCAGAGUAUCUUUUAAAAAUAUACAUAUGUAUAAGGCUAUUAAAUAUUGGUUACGAAUUCUUCAAACGAA